AUGGAGGAGAUGGGAUUACCGGAGAGAAUGUUCGAAUCAGGGAAUGAACCAACUGGAAGGAAAAGAGUGAAUAACCACUUUAAUCUCCGGUGGGUUGAUAAUAUAAAACCGGCAUUAGAUGAAGAGCAUCUUGAAAUGUUGGCGGAGUCUCAAUAUGGGAGACUAAUGCGAAUGGGAAACCAUACGUUUGCUGUCAUGUUUGUGCAUUAUCUAUUGUCACGGUGGUUCACGUUGCAACUCAUUGUGAAAUGGGUAAUUCGGACACUAUACAGGGAACAAAUGCACGUGAGCCGGGAUAAUAAAGCAGGUCCGAGUGACAGAUUACGGUUACCACCUCAUCCUGUUAGCAAACGCACAAGGAGUGAGCCAGGAACAAGAAACGUGACAACCCGAGCUGCAAGCAAAUGUAAUCCUUUGGCGUAUGUGUCACCGAGCAAUAGUACGACGGAACUCGCAAUUCAGCAAGCGGCUGCACCGCCGAUGUUAUGGAAGGAGAAAGUUUGUACAUUGGUUGGAGGCUUUUCUCCAUUCAUACUCCCUGACGAAGAAAAGGUUGCAGCGGUCCAAGCAAUUAGUAAGCCUAACAGGCAGCUCAUACUCGCACCUGGUGUAGCUAUAGAUGGCUUUACCCUUGGAAAUUUUUUUAAUGCGUCUGGCCCACCGGCAGCUGAGGUUGUUGAGGCGAUUAUCGUGAAUAUGCAACACAGGCGUGACAGAGACGGUGAUGGUGGAUAUGACUUUCUCGGACCUUCAUACAUGACAGCAAUAAAACAAAAGUAUGGCGGUUUUAUUUCCUGCGUCGAUAAGAAGAGUUUUGAGUUCUGUAGCGCAGUCCGGCUUCCACUGCACAACCGCUCAAACAAUAUGGCAGAUGUCAGGCAGCUAUAUUGUCCGUAUAUGAUCGACGGGAAACAUUGGGUUGGCAUUAUCAUCGACCUAUCAACAACGUCCAUUACUGUGUUGGAUUGCAACACAGCCUGUGUAACCGUUUCUGGAGUGGAGAAGUAUCUGCAACCACUUUCAGAAAUGAUUCCGUACAUUCUGCGCGCAUCGGUUGGUCAUGAAACUGCUAACUCACUCCCUCUUAUUCUGUUUCCUAUUCACCGUCUUGACAUUGCUCUUCUCUGCGAGAGCCCAGGCCUCUCCGCCGUUGCUACUCUCAUCUUGAUUGAGCUUCACGCGACAAAUCAAAUUCUUGCAUCCGGCGACAUAGAUGACGAUACUUUACGAACUGCAACAAGAAACUACGCAAUUGCGUUGUAUGAGGACUGCCAAUGA